UGGAGGAGCAGGAGGGACGCUUCCGCGGUUUCUUCAUGUGGCUGCAGAUGGCAGGAUUCCCAGAGCUUCAUGGCUGGAACAUACUCCAUGGUGUAUCUGUACAGCAGUUUCUUCAUGCCUGCAGCUGCGGGUGGACAGGUCAUACAUGAUGUCCUCCAAGUUCAACAGCGUGGCUCCAAAUGAUGACAUUUCAUUCCAGUUUUCUAGCUGAAGACGAUUCUAUUUGUGCACAUACACCAGGUAUCCCUUCAUGUGUGGAUGGGCAGGUUUUUCCACGUGGCCGCAAGUGACGAGAUUUCACCCAUUUCUACGAUUAAAGAAUAUUCUGCUCUGGAUGUAUAUUGCAGUUUCUUCAUCCCUUCACAAUGGAAGAACAGUUCUUGCUGUCGACAUCUUUGACAAGUUGAACUUCACGGGAGCCACAGUGCCACGGUUUGACACCAUUCAGGAAGAGUUCCCCAGGGAGCUGCAGUCCUCUGUCUCCUUCCCAGCUGACUUCUUCAAACCACCCGAAGAAAAAGAAGGCCCCCUGGGGAGGCCGGCCGGCCGGAGGACCACCCCGCAGACCACGCGCCCAGGGCCGGGCACCGAGAGGGAGGCUCCGAUCAGCAGGCAGAGGCGACACCCUGAUGAUGCUGGCCAGUUCGCCGUCGCUCUGGUCAUUAUUUACCGCACCCUGGGGCAGUUCCUGCCCGAGCACUAUGACCCAGACCGCCGAAGCCUUCACAUCAGUGGGACGGGAGGGUGGUCUGCCCGGGGAUGCAAGCUUCUGUCCAGAAACCGGAUGCAUGUCACAUGCCAGUGCAGCCACACAGCCAGCUUCACAGUGCUCAUGGACAUCUCCAGGCAUGAGGUGGGCAUCCGCCUGUGGCCGCUGUGCCCACCAGGCCUACCCCUGGGUCUGCCCCCUCCUCAAAUGAAAUCUUCCACUGCAAGUGCUUUGAACAAAGCACAUCAACCAGUUAAAAACCAUUCUGGGACUGGCCAGAGUCCAUGAGGAUUUCCAUAACAAAGCCCUGUGACAAGGGUUUUCAGAGCCCUGCUUAUGCUUUAUACCCUGGGAUGACAGACCCAAAGCUCUCAGAGGAGCUCCCCAAUCUGCCCCUCGCUUCAAAGCGGGUAUGCUGGAAGGUGCCGCUGUCCAGUCACUUUAAUUGCAAGGGAGGUGACAGCUGCCGGGCACAGUGGGUGUGCUCCCUCGGGGCCACACGCAGGGCUGCAGGACAAAAGGCUGGGCAGCUAAUGUUUAGCCUCUGGCAUUUUAAGUGGCCUGGGAAUGUGAGCCGGCUAUUGUGGGCCUGCAGAUGAAUUGGGGAGUGGCCUGGGUGCUGUCCUGGCCUCCCAUUACCCAGACAGGAAGGAGGUGGGAGCCAGCCUGGGCACGGCCUGUGGGGGACUCGGUGUCUAGGAGGCAGAACCAGAGGCCUGGGUGGCCUCCCCUGGCCCCUCCCCAGGGCCGUGCUGUGGCUCAGGUGCCCAGACCACCAUCCUUCCCAAGGGUUUUCUGAGGUGAAGUGGCCCUGGUUUCUGUCACAUUCUUGGAAGGGUGAGUCAGUCCUGAGGCAGGGCUGGAGGGGGGCUGUGGCUUUCUGUGCACUGUGCAUGAGAAGCUGCCCUGCCUGUGCCCCCAUCUCACAGGCAGAAGGCACUCCCCAGCAGGACCCAGCCUGGAGACGGUGUCAGUGGUUAGUGGACUUGGUUCAUAUAAGGGCGGGGUUGGAGGUGUUCUCAUGGCCAGGAUGCCAGGCGACAUGCGGACCAAGGAAGCUGAAAUUGAGGCAGAAGAAAGGCUGGAGUGGGAGUCUGAGGCUCCCAUGGUCCGGGUGCCCCAAAGCCAGAUUCUCAACAGUCCCAGAGCCAGUGGAGGGAGCCUGGGGUAUUGCUGCAGGCCCCAGGGACACCCAGGGCCCAGAGUAUUGAAGGAGCCACAGGAGGGGAAGUUCCAGGCCCAGGGCCAUGAGCGCUCGGCCUCCCCGGCCCAGCCUGAUCUUGGCUUCCUGGCUCAGUCCCAUAUGGUAAACAACCCCUUCCAGAAGAUACCAGAGAACCAGAGCUUGUAAAUGCAGAAACGCCCCAGGGGCCUGGGGCCUGGACAGGUGUCCUGGUUUGUAAAAGCACAGAAAACACAGCAACAUGAGCACAUGCUGCCGGGCUGCACACUUCAAAGCGCCCAAGAGGGCACGUUUUAUGCCUUGUGUAUUUUAGCACAAUUUUUCUUUUCUUUUUUUUUUUCUUGAGACAGAGUUUUGUUCUUGUCGCUAAGGCUGGAGUGCAGUGGCACAACCUCAGGUCACUGCAACCUCUGUCUCCUGGAUUCAAGUGAUUCUCCUGCCUCAGCCUCCAAAGUAGCUGGGAUUACAGGCCCCCACCACCAUACCCGGCUAAUUGUUGUAUUUUUGUAGAGAUGGGUUUCACCAUGUUGGCCAGGCAGGUCCCGAACUCCUGACCUCAGGUGAUCCACCUGCCUAGGCCUCUGAAAGUGCUGGGAUUACAGGUGUGAGCCACCAUGCCCAGCCUUUUUUAUAAAGACAUGUUCAGUGCCCAUAAGAAAUGCAUAAUAAGGUUGGGUGUGGUGGCUCCAAGCUGUAAUCCCAGCACUUUGGGGGGCUGAGGCAGGCAGAUCACUAGAUCUCACAAGUUUAAGACUAGCCUGGGAAACAUAGUAAAACACUGGCUCAACCAAAAAUACAGAAUCUAGCCGGGCAUGGUGAUGCGUGCCUAUAGUCCCAGCUACUUGGCAGGCUAAGGUAGGAGGAUGGCUUGAGCCCAGGAGGCAGAGGCUGCAGUGAGCUGAGAUCGUGCCUCUGCACUCCAGCCUGGGCAACAGCCAGACCCUGUCUUAAAAAAAAAAAAAAAAAGUAUAGUAAGAGAUCUGGAAAUUUGAAAAGUAAGUUCAUCUAACGAGCUAUGAUAGAGACAUGUGGAGGGGGCAUAGGACAUCUGUGUGCUGGUGGUAAUGAUAGAACACGUCAUAGUAAGGGUGAAGCAGGAACAACAGGAUGGGUGAGGAGGGUACAGAUGCCCGUUGCCAUGGCAAUUGAAGCAUCAAGCCUGCCAGUCCACAUAACUGAAACCUGAAGCUCCACCCAUGCUCAGCGAGUUGUUUAGCUUUUCUUCUUUUUAUGUGAUGGAGUUUUACUCUUGUUGCCCAGGCUGGAGCGCAGUGGAGUGAUCUCAACUCACUGCAACUUCCCCCUCCCAGGUUCAAGCCAUUCUCCUGCCUCAGCCUCCCACGUAGCUGGGAUCUUAAGCGUGCACCACCACAUCUGGCUAAUUUUGUAUUUUUAGUAGAGACAGGGUUUCUCCACGUUGGUCAGGCUGGUCUCGAAGUCCUGACCUCAGGUGAUCCGCCAGCCUUGACCUCCCAAAGUGCUGGGAUUACAAGCGUGAGCCAUUGCACCCAGCCUGUUUAGCUCCUUUAAGCAUUGCUUUUCUCACCUGGAAGGAAGAUGAGGGUCACAUCCACACUCUCCUCAGAGCUGCGAUCUAAGGAUGAUGUGGAACGUGCUCUCGUGGGUCUGUGAGAAUGUCUGCCGCUUAAUAAGUGCUCAGUAAAAGGUUUUGCUGAACAAAGAAAAUUACAUUCAUGUCGUAUUACCACAAGUACUCCUUUUCUUUGUAAAGUGAGGGUAAGUCUUUCAGCCAAAAGCGUAAGGCCAUGAUAGAAUUACGAGGAAGUCCAAGAGGUAUUGCAUGCACCUGUGGAGGAGACACGUUUACCUUCUGCAUACGCAGGAAUUGCCUGUGGGGUUUUUAGUUUUUUUUUUUUGAGAUGGAGCCUCCUUCUGUUGCCCAGACUGGAGUGUAGUGGCACCAUCUUGGUUCAAUGCAAGCUCUCUGCUUCCUGGGCUCGAGGGAUUCUCCUGCCUCAGCCUCUUGGGUAGCUUGGAUUACAGGCCCGCCACCACACCCAGCUAACUUGUAUUUUUAGUGGAGACAGGGUUUCACCAUGUUGGCCAGGCUGGUCUCAAACUCCUGACCUCAGGUGAUCCACCUGCCUUAGCAGUCCCAUGCAAGCACCCUGGCUGGUGUCCUCGCCGCCACCACCUCUGAUUCACAGAUGGCCAAGAGGAACCUGCCAGGUCACAGGCUGUGGGUAGCGGCGUGGUAUUUACCAGCAGGUCCAAGCACUUCAUCACCCUCUUUAUUGGGAGAUGGGGGGCCUUUCUUUUUUUCUUUUGAGAUGGAGUCUCUCUCUCUCACCCAGGCUGGAGUGUAGUGGCAUGAUCUCGGCUCCCUGCAACCUCUGCCUGCCAGUUUCAAGCGAUUCUCCUGCCUCAGCCUCCCUAGUAGCUGGGAUUACAGCCAUGCACCACCAUGCCUGGUUAAUUUCUGUAUUUUUCAUAGAGACAUGGUUUCACCAUGUUGGCCAGGAUGACCUCAAACUCCUGACCUCAGGUGAUCCACCUGCCCUCUCAAAGUGCUGGGAUUACAGGUGUGAGCCACCAUGCCCGGCCGGGGCCCUUUUCUGAAAUUAUGUAUGGGGAGAGCUGACCCACAUUGGAUCUUUAGCUGCUGAAUUCACAGUGACUUUGGGUGCAUCUAACCCUUUACCUCAGUCACCAUUCACACUGUCAGUAGUUGUACAAUGAAUGAGCACCUACUGUGUGCCUGGGGCUGGGAACAUAGCGGGGAAUGGAACCAGCAGUCUGGGUCCCCACCUUCCUGGAGCUGGUGAUCCCACAGCUAAGCAUCCCUGAGGGGUGUUCCCCAGCUUGGGUGACAGCAGAGGCUGCCCUGGAAAGUGGCUGAGAUGGCUGAGAUGGAAAGCUGGAGAGAGGUCCUCCAGGCAGCAGGCUAGGGAGGUGCAGAGACCAGAGCACACCCAGGGGGUGGCAGCAUCCGGUGAGGAGAGCUGAGAACUCUGGCUGGCACAGUCCGGCUGCUGGCGUGGAGCCCAGUGAGGCACCGGUGGCCAUGGCUGGGAAAUCUGUGUCCCUGUACUGAGGGUUCUAGUCCUGAUAGCCUUGUGACUUCACCCUGCCAGUGAGCUCAAGAUAGGACCUCGGGCUCACACCUGUGAUCCCAGCACUUUGGGAGUCCAAGGUGGGUGGAUCACAAGGUCAGGAGAUCAAGAUCAUCCUGUCUCUACCAAAAUACAAAAAAAUUAGCCUGGCAUGGUGGCAUGUACCUGUAGUCCCAGCUACUGAGGAGGCUGAAGCAGGGGAAUUGCUUGAACCCGGGCAGCAGAGGUUGCAGUGAGCUGAGACCACACCACUGCACUUCAGCUUGGUGACAGAGCAAGACUCGGUCUCAAAAAAAAAAGAUAGGACCUUGUUCAUGACAUAGAGCUUAGAAGGUAAAGUGAGGUCGGAGUCAGCCCGCGUGUGGAGCUUACAAGAGGCGUAAAGGUUGAGAAUGAUGAGAAGGGAGAUGACAGGAAAGUACCAGCCAGAGUGAGCCUGGGGCUCUAUACCAUGAGCAGACUAACUCGGCUUGAGGAGGAACGGUGAUAUUUAGAGACAGUGCUGCUAUAAAAAGGUCCAUUCACUGGGAAGAUAUAAACUUAUCAUUUUUUUUUUGAGACGGAGUUUUGCUCUUGUUGCCCAGGCUGGAGUGCAAUGGCGCGAUCUCGGCUCACCGCAACCUCCGCCUCCUGGGUUCAGGCAAUUCUCCUGCCUCAGCCUCCUGAGUAGCUGGGAUUACAGGCACGCGCCACCACGCCCAGCUAAUUUUGUAUUUUUAGUAGAGAUGGGGUUUUGCCAUGUCAGUUGGGGUAGUCUCAAUCUCCCAACCUAAGGUGAUCCCCGCCUUGGCCUCCCAAAGUGCUGGAAUUACAGGUGUGAGCCACCUCGCCUGGCCAAAAAAUAGCAUUUCAUGCUGUCUGCUUGAGUUAUCUGGAGAUGGAAGUUAACUGAAAGGUGCUUCCACCAAGGCCAUUCUCCCUCCAACAGGGUGUCUCACUCAGUGGAGACAAUGAGCAGAUAGCACCUAAAUCCCACUGACAAAUUAGGUGAUAACAAAUAUUUGCUUUGAGCUUGUCACACUGCGCUCUUCUAAACAUGGUUUGAAAGGAAAGGCAGUGAGAAAGCCUUGGAAUGUUAUCAUUUACUACAAGAAAGGGGGAGAAUAAUAUUUUUUUCUUUUAAAAAUAUCUCUGGGUGGCAGUUAUUCAUUCAUUCAUUCAUUUAAGUUUCACUUGUCACCCAGGCUGGAGUGCAAUGUUCACUGACACCUCCCCAUCCUGGGCUCAAGCAAUUCUCUUGCCUCAGCCUCCUGAGUAGCUGGAAUUACAGGCAUCUGCCACGCCUGGCUAAUUUACAUUUCUAGCAGAGAAGGGGUUUAACCAUGUUGGCCACCAGGCUAGUCAUAAACUUUUGAUCUCAGAUUAUCCACCUGCCUCAGCUUCCCAAAGUGCUGGGAUUACAGGCCUGAGCCACUGUGCCCCGUCAGAUUUUUAAACUAUUCUGUGUCAAUAGUGCAGAUGAACUACCCUUGUGCCCAGGAGAAAGCAGAAGGGCAUUCGAACCUCAGGCCACCAAAGCCGACCCCUGAAACGUGAGCCAUAGUGAGAAAUAAGCACAGAGGCAAAGCCCCUUGCCCAGUGUGACAGGAAGUGGUGGAGCUGGAACCUGACCUAGAAGUGUGUGGUGUAUAACAAGUGUGGACCGACUCUGUAGCCUGAAACUCCAAUGUUAUUGAAGGGAAAGAGAAGCACACAAAGCUCUCCAGUGCCCGGUCUCAGCAGCUCUCCUGUCAUUUCCUCCUCCCUGCCCAGGGGCUGAAAGGGCACCUGCUCAGAGGCUGCACAGGUUUGUCGGAGGCCUGAACGGUGUCCUGUGUAGCAGCACGAGGUUUCCCUAGCAACCCUACCAGCCAAAUGCACACAUUCCAGAGAAUGCCACAGCCUUCUCCAAGGAAAGCCUCUUCCCUGCAACCAAUCACAGGGGCAUCUGCCUUCACUGCCCUCCUACUCCCCGCACCUAGCAAGGGGCUGGUUUACGCUCAGGCUUCAUUGAAAGGAUGAACAAAAGCUUUGUCAGUCCUAUGAAGAGCUUCCAAUUCCCACUGGGCAUCCGCAGCACCGGGCUGCACCUCCAUAGAGCAGGUGUGUUCUUCAGAGUGGGAAAGAUCCCGCAUGUAAGGGUCUGGGCCCAUUUUGUGCCUCUAUCCCUAACGAAGCUUAGCGUGCUGCACUUAGUAGGUGCUCAGAACUGAAAUGAACCAGGGUUUCUUUUUAUCCCAGAUGGAGUUUUGCUCUCAUUGCUCAGGCUGGAGUUUAAUGGCACAAUCUUGGCUCACUGCAAUUCUCCUGCCUCAGCCUCCCAGUACCUGGGAUGACAGGCACCUGCCACCACCACGUCCAGUUUUUUUUUUAGACGGAGUCUGGCUCUGUUGCCAGGCUGGAGUACAGUGGCAUGAUCUUGGUUCACUGCAACCUCCAACUCGCUGGUUAGACUGAUUCUCCUGCCUCAGCCUCCUGAGUAGCUGGGAUUACAGGCACACACCACACCCAGCUAAUUUUUGUAUUUUUAAUAGAGACAGGGUUUCACCAUGUCGGCCAAGAUGGUCUCAAACUCCUGACCUCAGGUGAUCCACCUUUCUAGGCCUCCCAAGGUGCUGGGAUUAUAGGCGUGAGCCACUGCGCAAGCCUUAAACCAAGGUUUCUAAGAUACUCAGCCUCCUCAGAUCUGGCCAAGCCCACCUUUCCACCUUACCUUUUCUGCACAACUGCCCACAGCUAGCCCAGCCUACGCAACAGCCAGUCUGGCUCCCCCACAAUGCAGAGCUGGCACAGGCCACAGGAGCCAGGCCCAGUCACAUCCGGGGACCCCCUGCCGCAGACAAAUGCUACAGACACAGCUGGUAGCACAUGGCACUGUUUACUGUGGCGCUCGGUGGAAAACAUCUGUAGACCAGCUUACUGCAGUGGUGACCGCUGCCACACAUGCUCAGGGACUUUUAUUAUAUAAAACGUUGGAGGGCGGGAGUUCCACCCGCUCCUUUGUGACAGCAACUGUGCCCUGAAUACAGAGCCUUGUAGGCAUAUGCAGCUUUCGUAUCGCUUCAUGAUUUGAGUUUGUUUCCUUUUUAAAAAAAUGCCUUCUUGCCGCAAGGCUUAAUGCAGCAUAUAGAAAACUGUUAGGAAUACAGGUAAAUUCGGCAACCAGUGUAGACCCGUGAGGACAAACUACUCUUUUCUAAAGAAAGGCAGUGAGAAAGCCUCAGAAUUUUAUUUAUUAAAGAAAAAACAAAAUCUUUUUUCUGCUUUCAAGAAUAUCUGUGCAGGUGGCAGAUUUUUAACCAUGCUGAAUCAACUGUGCAGGUAAACUACCCUCGGGCCUGGAGGGAGACGGGAUGGGGGUGGGAGGCACGUUCACAACAGUCCCAAGGUCGGGGGAGGUGUGCGGCAGGGUCUGGGAAGGGGAGGCUUGCAGUGUCCGCCUGUCCAUCUGUCUCAGGCUGAAGGAGAAAAGGCUUAUUCGGAGGUUUGGCCUCAGCUCCUUCCGCUUUGCCAUCCACCUCCUCGUCCGAGCGUUCGUUGGGGCAAACGGCAGGUCCCCAGGCCUGGGGACAGAGGCAGAGGCAGAGUCAGUGGGGCCUGGCCAGGGAGGCCACGGCACAGCACACAAAUCCCACAACAAAUGUGAGAGGGAAAUCAGCCGCCUGGCUGCUCCCACCAAACAGAAGCAAGGUGGAGCCUUGGGAGCCACAGCUCAGCUGGACAGGACCGCUCUCAAAGAAAUCUUCCCACAAAAUAGUGGUCAGACAUCUUCAUGCACAACAGCAGCACAGAGUUCAGGCAAACAGGAACAGUUACAACAGGAAACGCAGAAAAGUGUAAAAUGCCACCUUUUGUUCCAACUCAUUAAACAGGUGACACCACAGCGAGUACACAGGUGACACCACAACGGGUGCACAGGUGACACCACAGUGGGUUCACACAGACAGGCACCUACUACCACACAGCAGGAAAUUCACAUCCAAUACUGACUACUGAUGCUUAAAAAAAGGCCCCAUGAAGGCCAGGCACUUUGGGUGGCCGAGGCUGUCAGACCACAAAAUCAGGAGUUUGAGACCACCCUGGCCAACACAGUGAACCGCCAUCUCUACUAAAAAUACAAAAAUUAGCCAGGCAUGAAGACACGCACCUAUAAUCCCAGCUAGUUGGGAGGCUGAGGCAGGAAAAUCGCCUGAACCCAAGAGGCAGAGGUUGUGGUG